CCGGCUCCAAAAAGAGAAGUGGUGGGCGUAGCGCCUCUGUUGUCCCCUCCCUCCUCUUCCUCCUCUCCUUCCUUCUCGUGAGAACGCAGAUAUCUCAAAAAGGGUAGGGGGAAAGUUCCCAUCUUUCGGUCGUCUUCUUCGCUCGGUGGCCGCUGUGAUUCCAUGGCGGACGAGGCGAUUGUCAAUGGCGUGAGCGAUCCGGAGGUGGAGGAUCCACACCCUGCGGAUCAGCGUGGGGUCGCUUCCGAGGUAAAUGACCUGCCCCUGAAACUGAAGUUGUUGGAGCUUGAGAAAUUCAAUCUGUUGCGCGAGAAUGAUGAGACCAAGGAGAGGGUUGGGCAGCUGAUGGCGGAGAUCGAGAAGCUGAGGAGCGGCGAGGGUGAGGUGAGGGCGAUGCUCGAGAAAAUGAAGAGGGAAGUUGAGUUAGCCGAGGAUGGGAAGAGGGCGAUGGAGUCCAUUGUCAAGAGGGCCGCCGAUUUGGAAAUUGAGGUAUCUAGGUUACGGCAUGAACUGAAUGACGCGGAUGGGACCAGCGAGGGGAGCGUCGUGGAAGAGAAAAACCAGAGAAUCGAGGGCUUGGAGAGAGAGGUGGAGGGUUUUAAGAAUGGCAGGGCAGAGAGCGAUAUUAAAGUGAGGGAGUUGGAGAGGAAGAUUGCAGCAUUGGAAGUGAGGGAGAGCGAGGUGGGGAGUGAGAAAGUGAGGGCUGAGAUGGAAUUGAGAGGCAAGGUUGAGGAGAAAGAGAGGGAGAUUAGUGGGUUGAAGGAGGAGAUUGCAAUGCUCAUGUCCGAGCUGCAAAGUUCAAAGGAUGAGAAGAAGGCUGCGGAGGAUGCAUCGAAGAAAUCUAAGGAGAAGGCAAAGGAGAUGGAGUCGAAACUGGUUGGAUUGCGGAGGGAGUUAGAACAGGGACAGAAGGUGAUUAGUGGAUUGAAAGACAAGACAGCUGAGACCAUCAACGAGGGGUGCGAGAUCGUCUCGAUUGAAGACAAAGGGUCGAAAUUGCAAUGGCCGGUGGUGGCAGCAGGGUCCACUGGAGCUAUUGUUGUGGCAGCCGCCGUGGCCUAUGUUUGCUACGGUAGGCGCCAAAGCUAGGAUUCGAUGAAAUAACGAGCAAGCACGGAGGAGA